AUGGAUCCGUGCCCCAACACCCAACACCCAUCUGGAUCUGCACCAAAAAAUCCCCCCUCUGGAUCUGCACCCCAACACCAAACACCCAUCUGGUUCUGCACCCCAAACACCCCCAUCUGGAUCUGCACCCCAACAUACCCCUCUGGAUCUGCACCCCAACGUCCCCCAUCUGGAUCUGCACCCCAAUACCCUUAUCUGGAUCUGCACCCCAACAUCCCCCAUCUGGAUCUGCACCCCAACAUCCCCCAUCUGGAUCUGCAUCCCAAUAUCCCCAUCUGGAUCUGCACCCCAACAUCCCCCAUCUGGAUCUGCACCCCAAUAUCCCCAUCUGGAUCUGCACCACAACAUCCCCUUCUGAAUCUGCACCCCAACAUCCCCAUCUGGUUUUGCACCCCAAUAUCCCCAUCUGGUUCUGCACCCCAACAUCCCCUUCUGGUUCUGCACCCCAACAUCCCCUUCUGGAUCUGCACCCCAACAUCCCCAUCUGGUUUUGCACCCCAAUAUCCCCAUCUGGAUCUGCACCCCAACAUCCCCCCUCUGGAUCUGCACCCCAACAUCCCCUCUGGAUCUGCACCCCAACAUCCCCCUCUGGAUCUGCACCCCAACAUCCCCAUCUGGUUCUGCACCCCAACAUCCCCAUCUGGUUCUGCACCCCAAUAUCCCCAUCUGGUUCUGCAUCCCAAUAUCCCCAUCUGGUUCUGCAUCCCAAUAUCCCCAUCGAGAUCUGCAUCCCAACAUCCCCAUCUGGAUCUGCAACCCAACAUCCCCAUCUGGAUCUGCACCCCAACAUCCCCUUCUGGAUCUGCACCCCAACAUCCCCCAUCUGGAUCAGCACCCAAAUAUCUGCUCCCUGGAUCCACCCGUGCCAAAUGUAUGCCGUUGGAAAUAAGGAUUAAUGCUAAUGGAUCAAUCACUUAA